AUGACCACAAGGCCGAUCGUCUUCUUCGACAUCUCAAUCGGCGAUACCCCGGCUGGCAGAAUCAAAUUCGAGCUCUUCAGCGAUGUUGUCCCGCGAACCGCAGAGAACUUCAGACAGCUCUGCACUGGCGAGCAUAGGCGAAACGGUGUGCCACAGGGUUACAAGGGAGCGACCUUUCAUAGGGUCAUAAAAGACUUCAUGGUCCAAGGCGGCGAUUUCCUCAAUGCAGAUGGCACCGGUUCUUUCUCAAUCUACGGGUCCAAAUUCGACGACGAGAACUUCGAGACAAAGCAUACCGGUCCCGGGCUGCUCAGUAUGGCAAACAGCGGGCCGGGCACAAACGGCUGUCAGUUCUUCGUCACGACCGCCGCAACGCCCUUCUUAGACGGCAAGCACGUGGUCUUUGGUAAGAUACUCGAUACGAGGGAUCACUCUGGACUGUACAUCCUUCGCAAGAUCGAAAAUGUCCCUACGGGACCUAACAAUCAGCCAAAGCUCACAGUAAGGAUCACAGAGUGUGGUGAGAUGAUGGCAGCUGAAGGAGAAGUGCCCGCACUGGAGUCUGUCAACGACGAAGAGUUUGAUGGUGCCAUUGGCAUUGACCUCGGUACGACAUACUCUUGCAUUGGCGUCUGGCAGAAUGAUCGUGUCGAGAUCAUCCCCAAUGACCAGGGCAAUCGCACGACGCCCUCUUACGUCGCUUUUACGUCUGAGGAGCGUCUCAUUGGCGAUGCGGCCAAGAACCAGGCAGCUAUGAACCCAAAGAUGACCGUCUUUGAUGCAAAGAGACUCAUCGGACGACGUUUUGACGAUCCUGAUGUCAAGAAGGACCGCGCCCACUGGCCUUUUGAGGUCAUCGACCGAGACGGUGCACCCUACAUCCAAGUCGAGUACCAGAAUGAGACCAAGCAGUUCUCGCCCGCUGAAAUCUCUGCCAUGGUGCUCGCCAAGCUCAAGGAGACCGCCGAGGCCAAGAUUGGCAAGACUGUCAAGAAGGCAGUCGUCACCGUGCCCGCCUACUUCAAUGACUCCCAGCGACUAUCGACAAAAGACGCAGGCGCGAUUGCCGGCCUAGACGUGCUACGUAUCAUCAACGAACCCACCGCGGCUGCUAUUGCAUACGGCCUCGACGAGAUGAGCAAGAAGAACAAGGCGGAGAAGAACGUCCUCAUCUUCGAUCUUGGCGGCGGCACGUUCGAUGUCUCGCUCUUGUCCAUCUCUGGCGGCGUCUUCCAGGUCAAAGCCACCGCCGGCGACACACAUCUUGGCGGUGAGGACUUUGACAACGCCUUGCUGGAGCACUUCAAGGCCGAGUUCAAGCGAAAGACGAAGCACGACAUCGAAGGUGACGCCCGAGCACUCAGAAGGCUGAGAUCGGCUUGUGAACGAGCAAAACGCACGCUUUCCAGCGUCACCCAGACGACGAUCGAGGUCGACUCUCUCUACCAGGGCACAGACUUUACCGCCUCCAUCAGCCGUGCUCGAUUCGAGGAAAUCAAUGCGACCAUGUUCAAGUCGACCAUCGAUCCCGUCGAGAAGGUCCUCAAGGAUGCAAAGAUGAACAAGGACAAGGUUGACGACAUCGUCCUGGUCGGCGGUUCGACGCGUAUCCCAAAGAUCCAAUCGCUCGUGUCCGACUACUUUGGCGGUCGCCAGCUGAACAAAUCGAUCAACCCUGACGAGGCUGUCGCGUACGGUGCCGCCGUUCAGGCCGCUGUCUUGACCGGUCAGACAUCUGAGAAGACCGAGAACCUGCUCUUGCUCGAUGUUGCGCCUCUCUCGCUCGGUGUUGCCAUGCAAGGCGAUGUCUUUGGCGUUGUCGUGCCGAGAAAUACGCCCAUUCCUACGAACAAGUCGCGCACUUUCACCACGGUCGAAGACAACCAGUCUACCGUCACCUUCCCUGUCUACGAGGGUGAGCGCGUCACCUGCAAAGAAAACAGGCUGCUCGGCGAAUUCGAGCUGUCGAACAUUACGCCUCAACCCCGGGGUCAGGCUGAGCUUGUCUGUACUUUUGAGGUCGACGCGAAUGGUCUUCUCAAGGUCUCCGCUCUCGACCGUGCCUCAGGUCGUCGUGCCAACAUCACUAUUACCAACUCGGUCGGCCGUCUGUCGUCUGAUCAGAUCUCUCAGAUGAUCGCACAAGCCGAGCAGUUCAAGCAAGCUGACAAGGACUUCUCUGCUCGCCACGAGGCAAAGCAGGAUCUCGAGGCGUACGUCUCACAGGUCGAGUCGACCAUCCAGAGUCCCGAUGUCGGCAUGAAAAUCAAACGUGCCCAGAAAGCCAAUGUCGAGGCCGAGCUUGCUAAAGCACUCGAGCGUCUCCAGAUCGAGGAGUCGACGGCAGACGAGCUCAAGAAGUCACAGCUGACCCUGCGCCGAGCGAUGCAGAAAGCAAUCACCGGCAUCCAGCGCUAA